AUGCACAGACGACAAGCAACCAGUUCAGUGCAGAGAAGGGAGGGAAGGAGCUUCCCGGGUGGGCCCAGGUGGCCAGAGGGGGGCGGGGUCCACCUCAUAGACCUGCUGCAGCCGACUGGCCCCUGGAGAACUCACAGGGGCACUAUAACACCACUGCUGCCGCCCAGCCAUUUCCCAGGCUGCUGGUGGCCGCCAGCCCAUGGGCUCCGAGCCCCCACCCCACCCCAUGCGCUGACCACACACACGGGACCCCCUCCUAGACCCCUAAGUGGGCCCAGGGACACACCCACCGUCCCUCUGUCACACACACACAGAUCCGUGCUCCCCACGCGGUCCUCGCACAGGCACGCCCGCCCCGUGUACAUUCAGUUACACGGGCGCCCCCACUCUCGCCGGCCACCCGCCCACGCUCGUGGUCACUCGCGCCCCGCCGUUCCCACCCCGCUGCCUCGCGCCCAGCGCUGGAGCCUCACCGCGGGCGCCGCGCCCCUGGCGGUCUCCAGGAGAGCACAGGCGAGCGCCCCGCGCGGGGAGGGCACCCCUGGAAGCCCCGCCCCCGGGCCCGCCCCCACCCGCCGCGCUCCGCCCCCCGCCCCCGCCGGCCCGGAGGAUGUGAGCUCACGCCCGCCUCCCCGCGCCGGGCGCCGCCAGGAAGCGCCCGCCCCAGGUCGCGGCCCGCUCGCUGCCAACGGGCCGGCCGGGUAG